AGUGUGGGAGAGGCAGAAGGGUGUGUGCUCACAUGAACCACUCUUCUCCUCCUGCAUGUGUGCCACUAGCCUCUGUGUCUCUUGGGCAGAGAAUAGAAAAGUUGGGGCAAAGUCUGAGUCAGCUCCAGCAGCUACCAGACAUUCACAGCAACUCCCUCCACACUCCCAGUUUUCCUCUCUCUUUCUCUCUCUCUUUUUUUUUUUUUUUACUGCUCUCACUCGUUCACUCUCUCUCCCUUUCACACACACUCACACACACACAGACACACACACGCACAAACACACACACACACACCGACACACACAUCACCCGUCACUCCUGGCAGAGGGAAGACAGGACCACAGGAGAACUGUUACACACCUUUACUUCCAGAUACUAACCAAGCCAUCAGCAGACCAUUUGCCCAGGAUGUGGAUGCUUCUGUUGGGGUACACCUUUGGAUUACUGGCCUCCUCCAGGUCAGAACAACUUCAAGUGAAUUCUCAGAGCUGCAGCUAUGCCGGGGUAUUUCUGGUUGAGGGAGAAAGCCGUCACUCCCUGAAUUUUUCCAUGGCUCACAAGGUGUGUGAGCAGCUAGAGAGCACUUUGGCAAGUCCAGAACAGGUCGAGGAGGCCUAUGCUAAAAAAAUGGAAACCUGCAGGCACGGCUGGAUCAUUAAUGGGAGCACUGCCAUCCUCAGACACACGAACCAUGAAAACUGUGCAAAGAACAUGACUGGGUUAAUUGUUCAUUCACGUGUAAGAACUGAUGAACUCUUUGAUGCCUACUGCUAUAAUAACACAGCUGGGCCUGAUGUCAACUGUGAAAAAGCUGUCUUUGCACCAGCUGAGGGCUCACCACUGUUUCAGGCCCCAACAGCAGAGUCCACUCCAAACACACAACACCGGGGCGCUUCUGAUAGGGAUGAUGGUCACCCCACACUAGCACCUGGGGAAGAUGCUACUGGGGAAAUGAAUGAAUUUAACCCAUCAGGUAUCACUAUGCCCGCAGAAGUGAGUGCAGAGGAUCAAAAGGCUUCAACACUGGAUCCUGCAGACAUAAACCCCUUUGGAGGGAGCAAGAACAGCAGUGUGGGUUCCAGUUUCACUCCUGGAGAGUUUGACCAUCCCACUGGAUCUGGGAUGCUGCCACCCCUCUUGCACGAGGAAGGAAUCUCUCCAACAGUCUCUGUUGGAGAGCCAGUGGAAACACAACAUCCCUCCGAAAAUGAGCAGCCCAGUGAUAAACCGGGGCCUGUCGGAGAUGUUGUCCCAACAGAGUCAUUGCAACAACCUAAUGACAAAGGACGGAUCUCUCUCCCAGUUGAGCCUGGAUCUGAUCAAACGGAGAGCUCUUCCAACUGGCUGGUAAUCUUUGGAGUGACUGUGGCAGUAGCUGCUGUUCUUCUUGUAUGUGCAGCUGUUGCCAGAAGAAAAAGCUUAUGCGGCAAACGACAGACGCUGAUGAUCACCAAAGACAACGGCGAGGGGAACGGAGCAGCAGCAUCGGCAUCCAGCUCCCACGCCCAGGAGAGAGAGCAGGAGAUGGUGACCCUCAUGAACAAGGAGAAGAUUCAGGAGAACGGCAAGACAGAGGAGUUCACCGUCAUCACGCUAGAGGAAUCGGCAGAUAAAGAACAGGUGGCGUGAGAGAGGAGUGUAGAGUAUAGGUGAGGGCAGCAGGGACAGAGUUAGGAGAUGGUCGAGAGAGUAGACAGGCGGGGGUUGGGGCUCCAUAACACUGGGGUUGUAAACUGCUUUGUUCGUCAGCAAUGAAUGGACGCUGACUAAUGGUCUAUGUAUGUGUUAUUUAGAAAGACUGUCUAACUGAAGUGUUUGACUGGGUCUCAGUGGGACCAGGUCUUUCAAACCAAUAUGUGCAGCAUUUUGUUUGUCUGUUAUGCCAGGUUAGUUAGGACUGAAUGGCAGUCAAAGAGCGUCAGGCAUGGUGGGAUAUCAUGCACUGGUGCAUAGCAGGGUGUGUGAGUGUGUUUUGUGCCAGUUCUUUGUGUUUGUGAGGUUGUAUGCUUUGUUGAUGAUGGGGCUGGCAUGGGUCUGAAAGGGAGGGGGGGCGGUGAGGGUGUAAUUUGUGACGAACAUUGAUCACAGAUUAUGCUCGUUUUAAUAAAAUCGGUAAAUCCUAAAAUGUAGGGCCUAAAUAGGAAAUAAUAAAUCAAUGAUAAAAACUGGGCUAUUUUAUUUGAGAUACUGCAGAUAGAAAAAAGAAUUUUAAAAAUACACCUUCCACGUGUUUCAUUUUAUUGUAUUUGUUUGCUUAUUGUUGUAACCUUGUGUAUAGUUCAGACAUUGCCUGUGGACUGGAAUUGGGUUUUUCCAUUUUCAAGCAAACUGGGGAUGUUACUACCUUAAUUUAUGCAGCUUUGAGUCCCUUUUUUCUUGGUCUCUGUAUAUAAAGCAUAUGUUUUGGACUUGCCUUAGCCAUAGCUGCCGGUGCUUUUUUUUCUGUUUUCGCUUUUUUUCUUUUUGGCCGGACAGGGGUUUGGAUCCCUUUUAAAUAAAGGAAUGUGUCAAUUUUGAGAGUUAUUUAAUUAGAAACAGAACCUCUAAGGUAAACAAUUAUGAAUGGAUUUUGCAAUAGUCAAAGUGGAGUGAAUACUGUAAGAAUCAGCUUGAUGUAUACCAUCCAAAUCUGUGCACUUUGUGCACCACUGAAGUUAGCAAGUGCUGUAAACACAUGGCAAUGUAUAGGUUUCCUCAUAAGAAAGAGGCUGUUACAACAUUGUUUGUAUGCUACCGAUUGUGGGGCGGGGUGAAUGAAGCUUGCCCAGGCGCUCAAACAUGUAAAAAAAAAAAUGCUGCAGUUUUUUCUACUGAUCUUCUCAUUGGUGAAAUAUAUCAUACAUUGUGUCAUAUCAAUAUUAUUAGCUAAUUUUUUCUGUUUUUCCACUAUAAAGCUGAAUUAUAUACAGCAAUUGUAUUCAGAUUUUUGUUUCUGAUUUGUUCCACUGUUUCUCCUGCUUUUGCUCUGAUAUAAUUAAUUUUGAGGGGAAGUAGCAAUUGUACUAGUGUAGGCAGGUUUUAUGACAAAUUAACAAAAGAUGUCAGUGGAAAGAUUUGUAAAGUCAUGGCUGAAAUAAAUGUGUAUAGAAGGAGAUGUGCUGGAAUUUGGUGUUC